CCCCCCCAAACCAACACCAAGAGGUUCAAACCACCAUGCCGCCGUUCGUUCACACUCCUCCCACUAACAAUAGCCAUCCUCGAAAUCGGCUUGACCAGUUCACAUACACAAUCCUCGGCCCCGACGCUAAGGCAUUAGUGUGGAUCAUUUAUUUGGCGGGCCGCCUGAAAUAGGCCAGGCGUGUUCAGAAGGGGUGUUUUCAGCCAGAUCCACAAGUGAUCAGUCAUCGACAACCUCUGCCGAGUGCCACAAGAAAACAACCAGAUCACCUAAUACGGCAGCGCUGAUACUCUGCAGACUUGCAGGAUCUAGACUCUAUAGGCUAUCCAAAUCGUGGAAAAGAUAUGGAAGAAGCGCGCGAGCCUUUUUUUCUCCCUCAUGUCAUGCCCCGCUGCCUAAGGCAGAUGACGCAAUCCCCACCAUCAGGCAGUUCUUCGCAUAGCAUUACCCAGGCCAGCAACCUUGCGUCUGGGUUGUCUGACGUUAUCGUCAUUCUCGAGCGCCCUCGCAUUGUCGAGUCACAUUCCCCCAACCAAAGCUUUGAUGACUUUGUGAAUGGCUGUGACACUUUGCAGGUAGUGGACGAGUUACUCCGCUUUGCUAGUCGAGGGACUCGGAACAUUGGUACCGUUACUGUCAUUAAUGCAUUCUCGUUGCAGCCUGAAAAGAAUGCUGAGGCAGACCUCAAGUGUGAAGGAAUGCUUGCACAGUUUCUGCAGAUUCAACUUCGGGGGAAAACCUUACAGGAUACGGAGCGAACAAAUCCAAAUUGUUGAGGGGCACACCGCUAUCGUGAUACCCUCUUUUCAUCCGUCCCGUGCAGUCAACUACUUGAAGUACAGACUGGAGCUGCGAGUUUUGCUCAUGUAUCACUUCGCCUUGGCCUUCCACUCAUUAGGCGAUAGAACGGCUAUCCCGUGUUGCGCAAAAAGAUUACAGGAUCUAUGCCUCUACAAUGGUGAAAGAAAAGAAGACAAAUGCCCCAUCAGCGACUGGGACCUCGCAUCAUGCAUAUCAGAUAAAGUCAACAAAUCUUAUCUGCAUUGUGGAAAAGACGUCGUGCCACUCUCAAUGGGCGUCUUUGCCGACGAAGAUCUUUCGAACAAAAUCAACAGGGAAUCCGACACCUUCGAUUCCUUGAGUUUCUGGCUUUCCCUCCUUCUCGAAAAGCCGCAGAAAUUUGAACUUUUUGGAAUUGCAUCUGCCAGCUUCCUUUUGAAGAAGGCGAAUACCAAUUUGAACCCCGUCUAUUCGCGAAUCUCCUCCGCGUUGCUUGACCUGGUAACAGAUCAGGAUCAUUGGUUCUUCAAAGCAGAAGACACAGAUGUGGCUGAUCUAGAAGAGAAGUUUUCAGCAGUUUCCCUCCACGUUGACUCCCAAAUAUUCGAUGUCAUCAAUGCAAACCGCAAAGCCUGCGUUUCCGUUGAGAAGACUUUAGGUCUUGUUGAGCGCGGCCAAGUUAUUGAUUUUACCGUUAAAACACCUCCUCACUACGGUGCGGUUGUUUUGCAAGAUGUUCUCCUGGCUAAAUGUCUGGCUAGUUCGCCAAGAAUUACUAUUUCUACAGCGUUGCGCAUGGAAGCACUGUCAAAACGUUGUUCGGCCAUCAAUGAAACGUCGCGGAAGCACAGUGAAGUGGAAGGGCAGCUCCCAGAUACCGAAAUAAUUUUUCACGUCAAACGUUUGUUAGAAUGUCUCAGAAAGUUGAGAAUGGAGCUUGAAGCUAUUCUUGAAUAGAUAGCUUAGGCAAUUUGCAGCGAGGAAGGGGGAAAUAUAUCCGGAAUGGAGCGAGACUGGUCCAGUUCCGAAUCCAUGAGAUUUCCGCCGCUCACUUUCGCAUUGUACUGUAACCUCUUUUUUAUUGAUGUUUUAAAUGUGCUAGCUGCCCAUUUUACACACCGAAACCAACAAACGAC